AUGGAAGUGAAUCUCGAUGUUCCCAUGAAACAGGACUCUGCAUGUAUGGCUGCAAUGCAGGGUUUGCAGGAGGCAAUUAAAACUUUUCCAUACCGAGAUAAUACAGGUGUAGUGUCUGAAAACGUAUCCUCUGUGAAAGAGAAUACCUCUUCCGGAAACUUGACCAACCCUGUCUACACGAACAACCUUAGCGACGAACACCUUGCGAUGGCGAAUGUUACCUCUGAAGACAGCCUGGAAGUCGAUGAUGCUCACAGAGUAAAAGUUCUUGGUGAGGACACGGACUAUAUCAACGCCAGCUUCAUCGACGGUUACAAAAAACGACACGAAUACAUCGCUGCAUUAGGUCCGAUGUCUAAGCAGCUUGGUGACUUCAGAGCUUUCUGGAAAAUGGUUUGGCAACAAAAGGUGGAGAAAGUCGUCAUGGUUACAAAUCUAGUAGAAGAAGGGGCCAAUGAAGAGAGAAUCCUGCACCACCUACAUUUCACAGUGUGGCCGGACAAAGACGUUCCAGAAGACGUCACGUCGAUCAUUGAGUUCAGAGAGAAAAUCUUACAAGCUCCAGUAGUCCUAGGAGGACCUACCAUUGUGCACUGCGUCGGUCGGACCGGUACUUACAUUGCUAUAGACACUGUGACAAAGGAGGGAGAGUCAGAAGGGGCAGUAGAUAUAGCAGGAUGUGUGCUCAACAUGCGACAGAACAGGCCCAACAUGGUCCAGACUGCGGUAAAAUGCUAA